AUGACGACCUUGCAAAGAGAAUUCUGUGAAUUUGAAGGAUACGAGUUCGUUGUUCCGCUAGAGGUUUCUCGAAGUGUUCCCGCAUUUAUUCCAUUGACUGGAGUCGUUGAGCCUGCUAAAGUUGAGGAAGUCCCCACUGCCGACGACUUUUGGGAUGUGUGGGAUGAGCCGACAUCGAAGAAGGUGAGGUUUACAGGUUAUCGUCCACGAAGUCCUCCCAAGUUUGUUUGUGGAAUAACACGGCAAAGGUUCACAGAAUUUUUGAAAAAGUGUGUUUAAGUUAUCCCCUCAAUUAUUUCUGGUACAAUUUCAUAUACCCGGGGAGUUUUGUGUAGUGUAAAUCGUUUCAUUUACAUGUCACAUUUGGUCUUAUCGCUUCAGCAGUUUGAAAAUGUAAAUUGUGAGAAAAAUUCAUUUUGGAUGAAAUGUACACGUUUUUUAGGAGGGUAAAAAUGUUUCGGGAGCCUUAGGAUUACAAAAAUGUAACGUUAAAGAAAUUCUUUAGAGUCAUUGCCGAGUUAUUCCACAAACAAACUAGGGAGGACUUCGUGGACCAAAAAAUGCCAUUUUUUAUUUAAUUUUAGGCGAAAGUACAAUCUCAGAAAGAAAUAGAACACCAAGACACUUGGGUUCUCGGGAAAAAUACACAUGUUGUAACUCCAUGCAGACAAGAAUUACCCAAAGAUGAUAAACUUGCUGGUCUGGAUGAUACAUUUUAUCAUAAUGAUAUUAAUCUGAAUGGAGAUUUCACAGAAGAAGAAGCGUUUUCGAUGGCUGUGACCCUCUCUUUGGCAGAUGGACCACCUGAUGACAAAGUAAAUCCUUCUCAAGACUAUGAUGUUGUAGAGUUGACUGACUCUUUGGAGGGAGUUCUACCGACGAAUAAUGAAAAAGCUGUGAUUGAUGGCGGUUCAGCUGACCUUACUCAGGAAUCUUUAACUGAGGGUGACGUGAAGAAGUUUUUCAUGUUUGGGGAACAAAGAUCAGGUACGUUUUCAUUUCUUUGCCUUAAUUUUGAUGUUUAGAUAUGCAUGGGAAGUUCAAAGGAUACUUGAAGGAUAAUACGUCCGAAUUUGAUGAUAGUGAGUGUCAUUUGCUGAAAUGCAAAACUAGUUUUCAGAAGAUCUCGACGAGACAACACGAUCCCUAAUGUACAGAACACUGAAUGGCGUCUUUGGCUUCCGAGAUUUUCGUCAUUGCCAGAAGGCUGUAAUUAUUGCAAUCCUCAAAAAUCACGAUUGUUUUAUUUUGAUGCCAACGGGUGCCGGCAAGAGUCUUUGUUAUCAAUUGCCAGCUGUGAUGUCUUCAGGAGUGACGGUAGUUGUAUCUCCACUCAAGUCUCUGAUGGCUGAUCAAGUACAAAAACUGCAAGAAUGGAAGGUGGGGAAGGUCUUUUCUUACUCAUAUGAUUUUAGGUACCUUGUUAUUGCCUCAGGAGCGGGCUCUCAAGACAAGAAACUGAUAGGAUUUACGCCGACUUGACAAGUGAAGACGUCCAGGUGAAGCUCCUUUACGUGACCCCAGAGAUGAUCGGCAAAUCCACAACUCUUCAGAACGCGUUUGGUCUGCUCCAUAAGCGGCGGAAACUAGAUCGAUUCAUUGUUGAUGAAGCCCAUUGUGUUAGUCAAUGGGGACAUGACUUCAGGACAGAUUAUGUCAAACUUUCUGACUACUUCAAGGAGUUUGAUGAAGUGCAGGUGAUCGCACUGACGGCCACUGCUACCCCAAACGCCGUAAUAGACAUUCGACGUAUUCUGAGGAUGUCCAAAUCCAAAUUAUUCAUCAGUAGCUUUGUCAGACCUAAUCUUAUCUACGAUCUUGUUCCUAAGAAUCCGAAAUCCUUCCAGAAGGUGAUGAAUCUGCUCAAGAACAAGUAUCCGAACCAAUCAGGAAUUGUGUACUGUUUGUCUCGGUAAGUGGUUUAAAGUAAGAGAUUUGUUUUUAGGAAGGAUACGGAGACUGUGGCCGAGAGUUUGAUCAAGAAUGGAAUCUCGGCUGCUGCUUAUCAUUCCGAGAUUGGAGAUGCGAAUCGAGACAGGAUCCAGAGGGCAUGGAUGAGAGGAGAAGUCAAUGUUAUUUGUGCCACAAUUGCGUUUGGAAUGGGGAUUGACAAGCCAGACGUCCGUUACGUUAUACAUCACAGGUAUGGUUUGUUACGUUCACUGUGUUCUUGGAGAAUGCACUUUUGUUUUGAAUGUUAAUAGGAUGGUUCUUAUUUUAGUAUGUCGGCAUCAAUUGAAGCUUAUUAUCAAGAGACGGGAAGAGCUGGACGAGAUGGGUUGCCCGCUGUUUGCAUUCUGAUGUAUGGAUAUAACGACCAUGUUAGACACAUGAAGAUGGACAAUUCAGAAACACCAGCCUUGAAAAAGAAGAGGUUUCAGGGCAUUUAUAAUAUGGUGGCCUAUGGUGAGAAUGUAUCCAUGUGUCGCCGGAAACUGCUGGUUGAACACUUUGGGGAGGUGAGUGCCUGUGGCGACAAUAAAACUUGUUUAGUUCUACGAUUCGGCUACUUGUAACGGUAGCAGUACACCCUGUAGCAUCUGCGAAAUGUCCCGAUCCAUUCCUAUGUACAAGCCUUAUGAUUUUACGGAAGAAGCCGUGUUGGUACUAAAGUCUGUAAAACAAGUGAAGAAGAUCACAUUAAAUCAAUUGGUAGAAAUUUAUAAUGGGAAGAGUGCCAAGAAAGUCCAGAAAGGAAAGAAGGUAAGGCGUUUUUUAAUUUUAUUCUGUGUUUAGAGCUUCUUGAAUAUGGAGAUAUCGAGACGAGGGGAAGGUUUCACUGAAGAUGAUUGUAGUAGAUUCAUGAGGAAAUUGGUAAUAGAUGGAUUCCUGGAAGAAAAGAUCUCAGUCUCCAAUUUUCAUGGGCAGGAAAUUUGUUAUGUUUAUAUUACUGAUCUGGGAGAGAAAUUCCUGAAGACGAGGACUCCAAAAGUAAGGAAUGUUAUAAGUUAUUCCUUAUUGUUGUUUUAGGUGUAUUCGCAUCUUUCGGUUGGUAAGAAAGAUAACAACCCGAAACUUUUCACUAUGACUGCCGUUUCUGAAGCCAUGGCUUUGAAAGAAAAGUACAAACUGAGACAUGUGGAUGUAUUCCAGAGCUGUAAGAAAGCCUUGAUCACUUUUUUCGAUAAAUUAGCGCAAGAAGAGGGACUUUCCAACUAUUCUGUAAGUAAAAUUAUCUCCGAAUGAUGUUCUGUUGUUUAGUCGAUUAUCACCUCUGAGGGACUCGAGCAGCUGGCUGCGAUGAUGCCUCGAACAAACUCCGAGAUUCUACAAGUGGAAUCUAUGACGGCGACCAAACUUCAAAAGUAUGGAAGUCGAAUUAUGGACACAAUGCAGCCCUUCUUCGAGCUGGUUGAUCGAAGGGAACAUGCGGACAUUCAGAAGGCAGUUCAUGGUUACUAA